AUGCAGCGCGUCGCCUCUCACCUCCUCCUCCUCCUCCUCCUCCUCCUCCUUGCCCUCCCUUUCAUCACUCCUGCAGCAGCAUCGCUCACGUACCGACCCACUCACUCCUACCAUCUCCGCGCCACCGCUGAGCAACGCUGCGAAAAUGGGACCCUUUCUCCUGUCCAUGUGUGCAACUACACGGCCUAUCCCUACGUCAGUGGGUGUCUAGUCGAGAUGAUCUUCGGACAGUACCUCCCCCAUGACCCCCUCAGCUGUAAGAUCCCGACUCGCGGCUACACGUGUGUGGAGUUCCCAGAGUUCAACCAGACAUGUCUUGAAAAGAUCAAGUGCGGCAAGUACCCCAACGCCCCGGCGAACUCUGCUCCUGAGGUCCUCAAGGCUGAGUAUGCUGACGUGGUACCCAUCACCUGUAACAGCGGGUACGAGAGGAAUGACUCCAAGGGUUUCUCCGCCUACGCCACCUGCCUGGAUUCUGGGUUUUACUCCCCACACCAGCCAGCUUCCUUCGGCUGCAAGCCUGUAUCUUGCGGGCUGUACUGUAGGACGUGCGUCACUCCUCCUUCUUCCUAUCUCGGAGCAGGUUGGGUCACCAACGACGCGUUUGGACCAUGUUGCACCCAGAGCGUUGCGAAACCAGACAUCUACUCUAAAGGGAUACCGGACUUGCUGAACAAGUGGCUCCCGGCAUUGAACGUCUCACUAGUGGUGAACGGCAUAGACGAGAUGUUCUUCCCUUCCUCUCUAGCACUGAAAUGCUUCGAUGGCUACCAGUUCGUCCCCGGGGCAGGACUCCUGAAGCCUCAGUGUGUUCCACGGGACGACUGUGUUUUCACCAGGACCAGCGCCGACGACGGUACCUGGAACCAGCAGUGCGAGUGGUUUCGUGGGAAGUUUCAGAGCGGAGCGACGUGUCGGUAUGCAGCGAAGCCGCCACGGCUGUCGUUCCAGUCGGGGUAUCCCUUCUCCUGCCGUCCUACUGAUCCUUUCUGCGAGUUUGGGCUGUCGGUGAACAUCACGAUAGAGACGGAAGAGACGAUCAAUGGGACAACUAUCUUCUACAGCUUCCAGGGCUCUCCAAUUGUAGAGCCCAAGGGCGAUGCUGUAUCAGUGGCGAAUGAUGUUGGGAACAUCUACUCGGACGGAGACAAGAUAACCCUUAGCUCGACGAGCUCGGGUUGCAGUAUCGCCAACCGGAUCGAGACUCUGACUGCCGUCGUCGUCGUCCCUGGGAAGCCAAACAGUCCUUUCCUUGUGUCGCCUUCAAUCCGCGCUAUGGCGACAGAUGGAGCGCUACCGAGCAACAUGCAGACAUGCCCGGCACCGGAGGCGAAGGCGAUCACUGACAAUGUGGUCAAGUACUGCUCCACCAACCCUUCACUGCCCUCCUCCUCUUGCCCUCCACAGUCUUGGGUUCCCAUCCCUCCUCUCCAGCACUCCCAGUGCACGGCCUUCAGGUACUACGCGCUCUUUCCUGUCGCAGUGGGGAGCAUCUCCUCCACGACCUACUCCCUGAGCGAGUUUGCCUUCUACUACCGGUCAACGAGGCUGUCGGUCGUAUCAGCGAGCAAGUAUGGGACCUAUCCUGCCUCAGAGUCCUCAGUCUACCUGUCGGACGGAGAUCUCUUCUCCAAGCUCCUUCAGAUGGACAGCUGCCCGGUGGUCUUCGACUUCGGGUACGACGUGCCGGUGGACUCGUACCAGGUGGGGACGGCCAACGACUGCAAUGGCCGCGACGUGGUACGGUGGAGGUUGUACGGCAGCAGGAACAGGAAGGACUGGCUGCUCAUCGAUGACCAGUCAAAGAGCUCUGUCCUGCUCCCGGUCACCCGGUCAAGCUUCAGCAGCCCCAUCCCCAUGUCCUCCCUGUUCUUCAACUUGUCAACGAGCUCGGAGUUCUCCGUUGACUUUGACAUCCGCGGGUCAACGCGGGUCUACGACGCUGUCAACAUCAUCACCAUCACCUUCAGCGUCGUCAUGGCGGGGUCGCCGGCUUCGGCCCCUCCUCUCGGCACCUCCAUCCGCUUCGCAGGGUUCCCGGACUCGCUGACUCCUCCCUCCAACAGCUUCCCCGUCCACUCCGCCCCUCAGUGCUCGGCGUUCAGCGACUCGUGCGCACCCUCCGUGUUUGCGGGUGGAAGGUUGACGGCAUCCUCGUUCUCGCGAGAGGUCGAGGUCACCGUCCAGUCGUGUGUGCAGCAGCCGAACCUGACGAUCUCGUUCAAGCUGAUCAACUCAGCCCCGACGUUCUCCGGGUUCAACCUGCAGAUGAUCGGGUUCGGCAGCAUACAAAUCAAGUCCCUCACCAAGUUUGUGCGCGUCAUGACGGGGGAGGAGCAGCCAGCGUGGGUGACUGCCAACGUGACGGAGGCGAACACAAUCCAGGCUAGCAAGAACCUGAUCAGCUUGCAGUUGCAGCUGAACUUCCCUCCGAUGCACGGGACCCGCCUGCUAGUCAGGCAGCUCAACGGCUCCAUGACCAAGAGCACUGUCAGCCUCCCCGUCACCUUCGUGCUCGAGAACCAGAAGAGGGUGACGGCGACAGGGACGUUCGAUCAGUUUGCGGGCACGCUGUCCACCACCUUCCCAGCUGACAAUGUCGAGAUGUGCUACCGCGACGGCUCCUGCUCUGGAGCCAAGACGCUCCGCGUUGAGUUCAGCCUCAUAAACCGGGCGAGCAAGCAGGAGGCGCUCGCUCCUAUCGUCAGCGCCAGCGUCUGUCCGUUCCCCUCCUACGUCAAGGACUGCUCCUCCUCUGACUUCUUCAGCCUCCCGGAGUUCGCAGCUUCAGGAACUAUCUUGUCCUCCAGCUCUGCUUGCAACGUUUCGAUGGAUGUCUGCGGCGAGUGCGGAGGAGACUCAACUCUCUGCUGGGGUUGCGACAAGGUAAGUGAGGGAGAGCGAGGACCGAGGGAAGAGAGGACAGGAAGAGAAGCAGUUGGAGCAGGACAGGAGGAGGUACCAAACUCGGGGAAGGUGCCGGAUCGCUGUGGAGUAUGCGGAGGGCAGAACGCGUGCGUAGGAUGCGAUGGGGUUCCUUUCUCAGGGCUGCUGGUGGAUGCCUGCGGGGUUUGCAAUGGAGGGAACGACAUCGUUGCCAACAUCUCCAUCUCCCAUGGGCCCUGGGCCGAAAGCCUGACAGAUGCUGAUCGACUCAAGCUCAGGACUGCCAUCUCUCAAGCCAUGAAGAUUUCUCCGCUUUCUGUCGACAUCAUCAGCAUCAAGAACUUCCUUGGAAUUGCUUCUCGUCGCAAACACAAAGGGACUGCUUGCGACAUUGACAAAGUCAGAUGA